CGAUUGUCUUGAACACAUCAGGCAUCUUCUCAGGGCUGAUCAGCACUUUGCUCGUUGGUACAAGUUUGAAUUUUGACAGACACCUACUGUGACAUGGACUCCAUGGGGCCUCAACAGUCAGGAGGAAAAGAAGUAAUAAAGAAGAGAGACGAAGAUGAAGCUCCGGCCUCAUUUGCAGGAGUCACCACCGCAGGCAGUGGUUCAGAUGUGCAGCGAUUGAACAUCACAGCUGAGGGUAGCAGCAACAUCAACGCUCCAGCUUUGUCACAUAGCAACGUUCAGGGGAGCAUCAACAUCACCACGAACAUCCAUCAUCAUGGUGCUGAAACCUCAACUGUGGCACAACAACCAAAGAAGUUGGAUGGGCUGUUUCCAAAAUGCCAACAAGUGCUCAAAGAAAAGCUAUCUAAGAAGUUCCAAAAUGUGCGCGUAGCCAUCCCAAAGCAGGGACAACCUGCAUCUCUUGAGAAGAUCUACACAGAGCUCUACAUCACAGAAGGGGAAUGUAUUGAAGUCUGUACUGAACAUGAGGUCAGACAGAUUGAGAUGGUAUCCAGGAAAAAGACAACAAAUGGGAAGACACUAAUUAAAUACACUGACAUCUUCAAGCCCCUACCUGGACAAGACAAAGACAUCAGAACAGUGAUUACAAAGGGAGUAGCUGGAAUUGGGAAAACGGUCUCCGUGCAGAAGUUCAUUCUGGACUGGGCUGGAGGGGAAGCCAAUCAGGAUAUUCACUUCCUGCUUCCUGUGCCUUUUCGGGAGAUAAACCUGAUAAGAGAAAAGGAAUACACUCUCAUGGGAUUUAUUCAUCACUUCUUCAGUGAAACAUCUGACCUCAUCUUCUCCACUGAUGAGAAAUACAAAGUUGCCUUCAUAUUUGAUGGUCUAGAUGAAAGUAGGCUUCCUCUGGAUUUCCAGAAUAAUGAAUGCAUUUACAAUGCAUCAGAACCUACCAAAGUUGACGUCCUUCUGACAAACCUUAUCAAGGGUAAUCUGCUCCCCUCUGCUCAAAUUUGGAUCACCUCCCGACCAGCAGCUGCCAGUCAGAUCCCUCCCGAGUGUGUGGACCAGGUGACAGAAGUGCAGGGUUUCACUGACCUACAGAAGGAGGAAUAUUUCAAGAAAAAUAUUGACGAUCAAGAAAAAGCCAGCAGAAUCAUCACACAUCUGAAGUCAUCCAGGAGCCUCUACAUCAUGUGCCACAUUCCAGUCUUCUGUUGGAUGGCAGCCACUGUUUUGGUGUCUAUCCUGACUGAAGGGAAGAGUGAUGAGAUUCCAACUUCCAUGACACAGAUGUACUUACACUUCCUGAUCUUACAUGCCAAGCAUAUUAGUGAGAAGUACAAAGUCCAAUGGAAACAGAAGACAAUUCUGUCCCUGGGUCGACUGGCUUUCCAACAACUGGAGAAGGGUAAUCUGAUUUUCUCUGAAGAUGACCUCAACAAAUGUGGAAUGGAUGUUACAGAGGCCAAAGAGGCCUCAGUAUACUCAGGAGUCUGCACCCAGAUCUUCAGGGAGGAGUCUGGGCUGGACCAGCAAAAGGUGUUCUGUUUUGUUCAUUUGAGCAUUCAGGAGUUCCUAGCAGCUUUAUAUGUGUUUCUGCACUUUAGCAGGAAGUCUCUAAUGUCUAAAAUCUUACAACCCCUCAAAACCGUUAGGAGCAACUCUCCGCUUCAGUCACUGCUCAGUGCUAUGAGCCUCCAUGAGCUACACCAGGCUGCAGUGAAACUGGCUUUAAAGAACGAACAUGGACACCUGGACCUUUUCUUGAGGUUUCUUCUGGGCCUCACACUACAGUCGAAUCAGAGGCGCCUACAAGACCUCCUACCACAAGAGGGAAGCCGCUCAUUGGACACAAAAAAAACCAUCAAGUUCAUCAAGGAGAAUAUCAGAAAAGUCAAAAACCCAGAGAGAUGCAUCAACCUGUUCCACUGCCUGAAUGAACUGAAUGACCACUCUCUGGUGGAGGAGGUUCAGGGGUACAUGCAGAAGGCAAAGAAAAACAGGGCGGAUCUUUCUCUUUCCCAGCUGUCUGCUCUGGCCUUUGCGUUACAAAUGUCAGACCAGGAGGUAGAGGAGUUUGACCUGAGGGAUUAUGGAUCUCAUGCCAGAUCAGAUGCAGGUCUGCUGAGGAUGCUGCCAGUGGUUAAAAUAUCAAGAACAGUAAAGCUGCUGGAGUGUAGACUCAAUGAGAGCAGCUGUUCAUAUAUAGCUGCAGCUCUCAGCUCAAGCUUUUCCAGUCUGCAACAUCUGAACCUGCGUAACAAUAGACAACUGGGUGAUUCAGGAGUGAAGCUGCUGUCUACUGGACUGGAGCAUCCAAACUGUAGACUGGAGACACUGGAGCUUGGUAACUGCAGUAUAACAGCAGAGGGCUGUGCUGCUCUUGCUUCAGCUCUGGCUUCAAACCCCUCGUCACACCUGAUACAGCUGGAUCUGGAUGGCAAUCAACUACGAGACUCUGGAAUGAAGCACAUCUCUGAUCAACUCAGGAAUCCAGAUUGUAAACUACAAACACUGACGCUUGGUAACUGCAGUAUAACAGCAGAGGGUUGUGCUGCUCUGGCUUCAGCUCUGGCUUCAAACCCCUCGUCACACCUGAUACAGCUGGAUCUGGAUGGCAAUCAACUACGAGACUCUGGAAUGAAGCACAUCUCUGAUCAACUCAGGAAUCCAGAUUGUAAACUACAAACACUGACGCUUGGUGACUGCAGUAUAACAACAGAGGGUUGUGCUGCUCUGGCUUCAGCUCUGGCAUCAAACCCCUCAUCACACCUUAUGCAUCUGGAUCUGGAUGGCAAACAACUAGGAGACUCUGGAGUGAAGCACAUAUCUGAUCUACUCAGGAAUCCAGACUGUAAACUCCAGACACUGAAGCUUGGUACAUGCCGUCUAACAACAGAGAGCUGUGCUGCUCUGGCUUCAGCUCUGACAUCAAACCCCUCAUCACACCAGCUACAGCUGAAUCUGAAAUAUGAAGGAUAUAAACUAGGAGACUCUGGGGUGAAGCACAUCUCUGAUCUACUCAGGAAUCCAGACUGUCAACUACAGGAACUGGAUCUUCGUCACUGCAGUAUAACAGCAGAGGGCUGUGCUGAUCUGGUAUCAGCUCUGGCAUCAAACCCCUCAUCGCACCUGACACAUCUGUAUCUGAGUCAUAAUGAACUAGGAGACUCUGGAGUGAAGCAGCUCUCUACUCUACUCAGGAAUCCAGACUGUAAACUACAGACACUGUGGCUUCAAUCCUGCAGUAUCACAGCAGAGGGCGGUGCUGAUCUGAACCCCUCAUCACACCUGACAGAGCUGGAUCUGGGUUUUAAUGAACUAGGAGACUCUGGAGUGAAGCAGCUCUCUACUCUACUCAGGAAUCCAGACUGUAAACUACAGAAACUGCGGCUUCAGUCCUGCAGUAUAACAGCAGAGGGCUGUGCUGAUCUGGUAUUAGCUCUGGCAUCAAACCCCUCAUCAUACCUGACAGAUCUGUAUCUGGAUAAUAAUAAUCUAGGAGACUCUGGAGUGAAGCAGAUCUCUACUCUACUCAGGAAUCCUGAAUGUAAACUACAGAAACUGGAGCUUUGGCGCUGCAGUAUAACAGCAGAGGGCUGUGCUGCUCUGGUCUCAGCUCUGAAAGCAAACCCCUCAUCACACCUGACACAUCUGUAUCUGCUUGGUAACAGACUUGGAGCCUCAGCAGUGCAGCAGCUCUCUGCUCUGGAGGAAGAUCCAAACUACAAACUACAGAGAGUAGAGUGA